GGUGUGCAUGAGAACUGUACUACACGUGGCAGAGAAGAAUGAUGCUGCAAAAACCAUCGCCUCGAUACUAUCCGGGGGGUCAUCUACCCGCAGAGAAGGGAAAUCAAAGUACAACAAACUUUACACCUUCAACUUCAACAACAGCCUCAACGUCAUGACCUCCGUAUCUGGACACAUGAUGAACUACGAGUUUGUAGGGGAGUAGAAGUGGCAGUCCUGUGAUCCAGUAUCUCUCUUUACCUGUCCUAUUGAGAAGAUUGUGCCGGACAACAUGCUGAACAUAAAGCUGACCUUAGAACAACAGAGUAAAAAAGCUCACAAGUUGGUCAUUUGGACGGAUUGUGACCGAGAGGGGGAGAACAUUGGACAGGAGAUUGUAGACGUGUGUAUAAGAUCUCAUAGCAACCUUGAUGUGUACCGAGCAAGGUUCUCUGAGAUGACUCAAAGGUCCAUUUUCCAUGCAGUAAACAAUCUAGUGAGACUUGAUACAGCUUUAUCAGAGGCAGUCGAGGCCAGACAAGAACUGGAUUUCAGGAUAGGCUGUGCGUUUACCAGGUUCCAAACACUGCAUCUUAGGAAGAGGUUUGCAAGUCACAUCAACGCAGUUGUCAGCUAUGGAGCUUGUCAGUUUCCAACCUUGGGAUUUGUUGUUGAACGUUACAAGGAAGCCCAAGCUUUUGUUCCUGAGGAAUUUCAUAAAAUCAAGGUAACAGUAGAAGUUGAGAAUGGUGACACAGAGUUCCAAUGGACCAGAGGGAGACUGUUUAAUCACCACGCUUGUCUGGUCCUAUACCAGAUAUGUCUGGAGAACCCCACAGCAACUGUAACCCACGUGACCAGUCGACCUAAAAGCAAAUGGAGACCAGUCGCUUUGGAGACAGUCCAGUUUGAGAAGAUAGCCAGCAGAAAGCUGGGCAUGAACGCUCAGCAAGCUAUGAAAGUAGCUGAGUCGCUGUACAGCAAAGGAUUGAUAAGCUAUCCUAGGACUGAGACAAACAAAUUUCCAAAGUCUAUGGAUUUGAGUGAGCUAGUCUCGAAACACACUUCUCACGGGGAGUGGGGAGAGUUCGCAGCUAGGGUCCUGGAGAACGGCCCUAAUCCUCGACAGGGCAACAAGUCUGACGAAGCUCAUCCUCCUAUACAUCCUACUAAAUGUGUCACCAACUUAUCAGGUCGAAAGGUAUACGACUACGUCACUCGGCACUUCCUAGCCUGCGUAUCAAAGGACGCUACAGGCACAGAAACAACUGCUAAGAUUGAUAUUGCUGGAGAAACUUUCACUGCAAAGGGGUUAGUUAUCUUGGAGAAGAACUAUCUGCUGGUUUACGUGUACGAGAGUUGGAAUGCCAAGUUACUGCCCCACAUGGAAGUGGGACAACAAUUCCAACCCAAAUCUAUUGAGAUGGUGGAAGGACAGACUACAGCUCCUCCCUUGCUUACUGAAGCGGAUCUUAUAGGACUAAUGGAGACUCAUGGUAUUGGAACUGACGCCACACACGCUGAACACAUUGAAACUAUCAAGAACAGAAGUUAUGUGGGACUAACUCCGGAUCUUCGCUUUAUUCCUGGACAACUGGGCAUGGGGCUGGUGGACGGGUAUGAUUCCAUGAGUUUUAACAUAGGAUUGAGUAAGCCGGACAUGAGGGCCGCUACAGAGAAUGAACUGAGAUUAAUCGCAAUGGGACAGAAGAAUAGAGCACAGGUGGUGCAGGAGAUGUUGGCUGUGUAUAAAGAAGUGUUCCAACGAGCGGUUGUUGAGGUUCAACAGCUUGACACAAAGUUGUCGGAAUGUUUUGGUAUUCAACCUCCCGGUGGCGGAGGUGGUGGAGGUGGCGGAAGCGGUGGUGGCGGUGGUGGAGGUAGUGGAGGUGGUGGCGGCGGCGGUGGAAAUAAUGGUGGUGGAAACGAUGACGACGACCAUCAGGGCCCGUCCACGUACAUGAAGUGUAGAAGUUGCGGAGUAGCUGAAGUGGUCCUGAAGACCACUAGAAAUGGGUCACGUGUAGCUGGUUGUCUGGGUUACCCUCGCUGUACCGCUUCUCUCUUCUUUCCUCCUUCUGUUCUCAAGGUUGCAGUAACAAGCGGUAAAUGUAGUAGAUGUGUUCCGGACCCUCCGUUUCUGCUCUCUUUCAAGUUUAAACCCGGCAGUGUCCCUCCUACCAUAUCCACUGAUUACACAGCGUGUUUGCUGUGUGACUCGGAACUAAAUGAGUUGUUGGAAGUGAGAAGGAAGCUCUUGAGACCACCCACUUCAGCAACCUCCACCACUGGCAGUAGACCCACUCCCACCCCCACCACUGGCAGUAGACCCACUCCCACCUCCACCACUGGCAGUAGACCCACUCCUACCUCCACCACUGGCAGUAGACCCACUCCUACCUCGACUAGAUCAACAACCUCAGUGUUCAAACCUCCUCCUAACUCACAGAACUUCUCCAGAGUUACGUCAGAGGACAAUGACGUGUUCAUGACGCGGUCUCUUGCCGGAGCAGUCUCCUCUCACGGCCUCCCUUCUAAUAGCACUGGUGUGGCGGACUGUAAUGGACAACCUCCUCCUAACUGUGUCUGUGAACGUCCAGCUAAACUACUCACAGUAAAUAAAGACAGUGAGAACAAGGGUAAAAAGUUCUACGGUUGCGACGGUCGAGUGUGCGACUAUUUCUGUUGGGAAGAUAAAGUCGGGGUCCCUUCUGGUGGUGCGACAACUCGCGGAGCACCGGCUUCAUACGGGGGUUCCACUACCUCUAAUGGGGGUGACACUACCUCUAAUGGGGGUUCCACUACUUCUACUGGUCUCAACUAUCGGCCCACCACUCAGGGGCAGGACGGUGGUGGGUACGGGGCUAAUUUAGAGACUCCAGACACCAACAUCGUGUGCAACUGUGGGACCAGUGCCAAGAAACUGACCGUCAGAAAACAAAAUGAAAACUUUGGGAAAGAGUUCUUCGGUUGUAGCACGCGAACAUGCCAGUUCUUCAUGUGGGCAGACGCAGAUAACCAGAAUGGUGGUUCGAGUGGUAAUUCUGGGGGAACACAGAGUAAUAAUUCUUGGGAUUCACAGGGUGGGGGAACGUCUUGGGGUCCGCAAGGUGGAAACUCUUUCAGCACUCAGAAUAAAAAUUCUUGGAGCAAUUCAAAUAAUACUUUCUCAAGCCAAAGAAAAACACAAAACACUUUGAAGGCCCCAACAAAUGGCGGUGAUCAAUCAGGUGAAAAGUCGUGUGAAUGUGGUAAUCCAGCCGUAACGAGGACAGUAAAAAAGGAGGGUGACAACAAAGGAAGGGUGUUCUGGACCUGUUCCAAACCGUUUGAUGAGAAAUGCAACAUGUUCGAAUGGGCUGAUGAUGUAGCUGCAACGGGUGGAAGCAGUACCCAGACUUCCAGGAAACGACCACCACCCGGUGGCGGUGGUGGUGGAACAAGUAAACAGAGGUGCUGCUCAGUUUGCAGACAACCUGGCCAUACUAAGAAGAACUGUCCUCAAAAUAACGAUUUCUAGAGAGUAGGAUUAUGUUAUUAUCAUUGUAUCUUGGUCGAAGGAAACUGUUUUUAAUACAUAAUUCCAUAUAUUUUGUAAUUAUAUUUUUCGAUAUUUCAUAAUUUAUUCUGUUCUAUCCUGUUGAGUUAUUAAUUAAUCAAUUAUACAACAUUUAAUUUAUUGUCU